AUGAAGGAAAGUGCGGACGAGCCGGCGUUUGUUUCACAACCGGGACCUAUAAGGGGAGGUAAAGUGCACUUGGAGCGGCAAAAGUACACCGUGGUGGACGUGACAGUAGCAACUGGAGUUAACAAGAGGAUAUCCUGUCCGAUUAUGAAUCCUGAUAUUCAACACAAGAUCUUGCUGUAUGAGACAAUUGUCAAUGACGUAUUAAAAGACGAUCUUCUUUCGUUAGAACAAAAGCUCGACUCCAAAAAUACAGAGAUCGCAGAGUUCGUUCAGCUAAAGUCUGUUAUCGCUACUCUUCAGGAUAAUGAAUUCGAUAAAUGUGGUUUCAAGACUCAAAUAAACGUUGGACAAAAUUUCUAUAUCGAAGCACAAGUGCCCGAUGCAUCCACAAUCCUUUUGGAUAUUGGUUUAGGACAUUAUUUGGAAUUGACUCUAGACCGUGCAUUAGUAGUUAUCAAUGCGCGAAUUAAGCUGUUGGAAGAGCAGAUUGCGCUGUAUCGCAAAGAGAUAGCAAAGGCGAAGGCUCACAUAAAAUUGAUCCUUCUCCUUCUGAGAGAAUUACAGGGCAUAAAAGAAUAA